AUGAAAGCUUCGCGGCCACAGUUGAAGUUGGAUUCUUUACGCUUUAGUAUUAAAAAAAACACGCACGUCGACACUCAAAAGUCAAAACUAAGCACUUUCGCAUCACCCAGCGCAGUCGGAGCUAUUGGUGGUUGUCUUGAGAUCCUCGAAAACGAGUCUUUUGACACUUCUGGGAAUUUCUGGCUUCAAUUUUCAUUUCCUUCAUUCUUUUUUCUUUCAUCGUGGUACGUUACUCUGUUAAAAAGCUUGUCCAGCAUUUUGCAUGUUAACUCAAGUUGCCGAGAGUCCAUACUCGAUGUGCCAGCCACCCGUGGCAGACACAACAAGAGAUGGCACUUGGCCUUUGCUACAAUCUAUUGUUCCAGGGCCCUACAUUCUCUUCUCAACAAGAAGAGCAGCAAACCCCCGGUUUCUACUCAUUCCUUUGUUGUCCUCAGUGUUGAGCCCCACCUUGCCUUCCCAAACAUUGAUCACACAAGUCUCACUGCAGUAGUGAAAGAGAAAAACUUAGACCAACUUCGCGAAUUGGGAGGAGUUGAAGGUGUGGCUGAUGCUCUAAAAACAGAUACCAAAAAUGGCAUCCAUGGUGCUGUUGAAGAUGUAGCUGAAAGGCAGGAAACGUUCGGUUCAAACACAUACCCGAGGCCGCCUACUAAAAGCUUCUUCUACUUUGUGUUGGAAGCUUUUAAGGAUCUUACCAUUCUCAUACUUCUAGCUUGUGCCACACUCUCCCUCGGUUUCGGAAUUAAAGAGCACGGGCCGAAGGAAGGGUGGUAUGAUGGUGGAAGCAUAUUCGUUGCUGUCUUUCUAGUCAUUUCUGUCUCUGCUGUGAGUAACUUCAGGCAAAACCGACAGUUCGAAAAGUUGUCUAAAGUCAGCAACAACAUCGAGGUUGAAGUCGUUCGAGGUGGGCAUCGUCAGAAGAUUUCUAUAUUUGAUAUCGUUGUUGGAGAUGUGGCUUGCUUACAAAUUGGUGACCAAGUUCCGGCUGAUGGAUUAUUCUUGGCCGGGCAUUCACUACAAGUGGAUGAAUCCAGCAUGACCGGGAAGAGUGACUAUGUUGAAGUUAAUAGCAGCCAUAAUCCAUUUUUGUUUUCUGGAACCAAAGUGGCUGAUGGAUAUGCUCAAAUGCUUGUGACAUCUGUUGGUAUGAACACAACAUGGGGGGAGAUGAUGAGCACAAUCAGCCGCGACACUAAUGAGCAAACACCCUUACAAGCCAGGCUUAACAAACUUACCUCAUCAAUAGGUAAGGUUGGUAUGGCAGUUGCCUUUCUAGUGCUCGUAGUGUCGUUGGCUCGCUAUUUCACCGGCAUCACAGAAGAUGAGAAUGGAAAUCGGGAGUUCAUUGGCAGCAACAUAAAGGCUGUUGAUAUGGUGAAUUCUAUGGUAACAAUCAUUGCGGCCGCAUUUACCAUUCUGGCUGUGGCAAUUCCAAAAGGCUUGUUGUUGGCUGUCACACUCAUUCUUACUUAUUCAAUGAAGAGAAUGAUGGCUGACCAGGCUAUGGUUCGAAAGCUCUCCGCCUGUGAGACCAUGGGCUCUGCAACUACAAUUUGUACUGAUAAAACAGGUACCCUCACUCUGAACCAGAUGAAGGUGACAAAGUAUUGGCUUGGAAAAGAACCUGUUGAAGAUUCCUCUUCAAUUGCGACAAACGUUCUCAAACUGAUUCAACAAGGAGUUGCCCUGAACACAACUGGUAGCGUUUACAAGGCUAGUUCGGGAUCUUCUAAGUUCGAGUUCUCCGGUAGUCCAACUGAAAAAGCAAUUCUUUCAUGGGCUGUGCUGGAACUUGACAUGGACAUGGAGAUAUUGAAGCAGAAUUGUACCAUUCUCCAUGUUGAAGCCUUCAAUUCUGAGAAGAAAAGAAGUGGGGUUUCAAUAAGGAGUAAGGCUGAUAACACAAUCCAUGUGCACUGGAAGGGAGCAGCAGAGAUGAUACUAGCAAUGUGUUCGAGGUACUAUGAUGCUUCUGGAAGCAUGAAAGAUAUGGAUGAUGGUGAAAGGAUGAUAUUCGAGCAAAUAAUUCAAGGUAUGGCGGCUAGCAGCCUUCGCUGCAUUGCUUUUGCACAUACACAGAUUCCAGGGGAGCAGCAUGAAAUUGGUGUAGGUCUGCAAAAUCUGAAAGAACACAGCUUGACCCUUAUAGGACUGGUAGGGAUAAAGGACCCAUGUAGACCAGGAGUGAGAAAGGCUGUGGAAGACUGCCAAUGCGCUGGAGUGAACGUCAAAAUGAUUACCGGUGAUAAUGUAUUCACUGCAAGAGCCAUGGCCACUGAAUGCGGAAUACUAAGACCUGAUCAAGACAUGACCAGUGAAGCAGUGGUAGAAGGUGAAGUAUUUCGGAACUACACCCCAGAGGAGAGACUGGAGAAAGUUGAUAAAAUCCAUGUAAUGGCUAGGUCCUCUCCCUUUGAUAAACUUCUCAUGGUACGGUGCUUGAAACAAAAAGGUCAUGUCGUUGCAGUGACGGGUGAUGGAUCAAAUGAUGCACCGGCAUUAAAGGAAGCUCACAUAGGACUUUCUAUGGGGAUACAUGGCACUGAAGUUGCUAAGGAGAGCUCAGAUAUCAUCAUCUUGGAUGAUAAUUUUACUUCUGUUGCCACGGUUUUGAGGUGGGGAAGGUCUGUUUAUGACAGUAUCCAGAAACUCGUCCAGCUCCAGCUCACAAUGAAUGUUGCAGCCCUUGUAAUCAACGUUGUAGCAGCAGUUUCAGCACGUGAAGUUCCCUUUACAGUGCUGAAAUUAUUGUGGGUGAACUUGAUUUUGGACAAGUUAUGUGCUCUAACUUUUGCCACAGGGCAGCCCACAAAGGAUCUCAUGGAGGAGCCACCUGUGCGCCGGACUCAGUCACUUAUUACCAACAUAAUGUGGAGGAAUAUAUUAGGCCAAGCAUUAUAUCAGAUAGCCGUCGUCUUGACCCUACAGUUUAGUGGAGAGUCAAUAUUCGAUGUUAAUGAGAAGGUAAAGGAUACCUUGAUCCUCAAUACUUCAGUGUUAUGCCAGGUUUUCAAUCAAGUCAAUGCAAGGAAGCUGGAGAAAAAGAAUGUGUUUGAGGGGAUGCAUAAAAACAAGUUGUUUUGGGGGAUAAUUGGGAUAACCAUUAUACUUGAGGUGGUUGUGGUAGAAUUUUUGAAGAAAUUUGCCGAUACAGAGAGGUUAAGUUGGAAACAAUGGGGCGCAUGCAUUGGGAUGGCAGCCCUAUCUUGGCCGAUCGGAUGGGUUGUGAAGUGCCUACCUGUUUCAGACAAACCAUUUCUCAGUUAUUUAAAUUGGUAG